AUGUGAUAUUUCUGUCUGUUAAAAUGUGUUUUCUUUUCUAGUUGAAUUUUCAGAAAAAAAGAGGUCUGUUUCUCACAUCACAACUAGAUUAAACUAGAAAUAUUUGUUUACGUUUAAACAAAGCAAAACACUUGUAAGUGUUUGCUUUUGAGGAUGAAUGUGAAAGUACAAUCCAACGUCGAUCUUUUACUAAUAGGAAAAACCGGAAACGGCAAAAGUGCAACAGGAAAUUCAAUUUUACGGAGAAAGAAAUUUGCUAGCGAGUCUAGUACAUCAUCAGUGACCAAAAAUAUUGACUAUGAAUUUGGAGAAUACAACGGUCGUCAGAUUAAAGUCGUGGAUGGUCCUGGAGUGUGUGAUACAAGGCUUGACAGCCAAAAGUCAGUUGAGCUAAUGCUACAGGCGAUGGAACUUGCCAUUGCAGCCCAUCCUGACGGAUACCACGCUUUUAUCCUGGUUGUCAAGUUCGGGAAUAGGUUUACUAUGGAAGAAAAUGACGUGGUAGACUUUUUAAAGAAAAUAUUCGGAGAGGAUUUUGUACGCGAUUUUUGUAUUUUACUCAUGACCUGUGGGGAUAUUUUCUUGCAAGACCAGGAGGAAAGAGCUUCAGAAGGAUUGGCCUUCAAAGAGUGGUGCGAAAAACAAGAUGGCGCCUUUAAGGCUUUGCUCGAGGAGUGCUGCCAUAGAGUGAUUUUGUUUGAUAACAGAACCAAAGACGAGAAAAAGAAAAACGAACAAAUCGAUAAUUUAAUUCGAAUGGUUGAUGAGUUGAGACUUCGUGAUAGACGAUACACUGAUAAUCAUUUUAAAAGCGCUCAGAAAACUAGAGACAGACUUUUAGUUGAGUCGAACAAGCCUAUGAUUACUGAAGAAACCAAGCGAGAAACUAGUUUAAUCUUUGACAACCUUUAUCGCAUACAGAAUACAGUUGAAACAGAAGAAAGAGUAGCCCCCCUUAAUAAGCUGCUAUGUCGCGCUAAAGCCUUGCUGGACAAACUAACAGAAAUAGACAAAGGGACAGGGGCGUUUCACGACCUGACGACAACAGUGGAAUCGCUACAUAAAACAAUCGCUGAUGAGAUUUCGUUCUCGAAAAGAGUAACAGAAGAAAGAAAACGAUUUAGACUUCAGGAGGAUGAAAUAAAAAAAUGCUUUGAAAAUGAGCUGAAAUACCAAAGAAACGAGUACGAAAAAAUGAUUGCAGAUCUUAAAAAUGACGAGCAGAAAAGACGUGAAAUUGAGCGCAUUCACCAGAAAAGAAUGGACGAUAUGGAGCAGGAGAGAGCACGAAAAGAAAAAGAACGAGAAAAGGAAUUUAAUAAGAAAAUGAUGGAACAAAUGAAAAAACUCCAAGAGCGAGCUGAGAAGCUUGAAAAAGAUUAUAAGAAGGCAAAAGCUGAAAAUGAUGACGGUAUUUUCUCAAAACUUGCCAAUUGCUUGCGUUAUAGUUUUGAGAUGAUGAAGUCCGUUUUUACAUUUUCACACCAGAGGUCUGACCAGGACCCACCAGAGGCCCACGAAGGACACGAGACGGGGGAGAGGCUGCUCCAUACAGAACCAUUUUUAGGAUAGUUUUUUUUUCUCGGAGAUUAAUUAUAAAGCAAAAUUAAGUUCCAACAAACAUACGAACUAAUCCUGUAGGAACUACGAACUCAAAAUGUUAUUGGUCAAUUUUUUGUUAUUUAAAUAUCUAAUUUUUAAUGAAUUGCAAGACUAUCACUGCCUGUAAUACUUCUCAACGCUUAGUUAAUCGAAAGACAGUACGUGAUACUAUUUUAGUGCAAUGUCUUUAACCUUUUUUUUUGUGCAAUAGGCUUGAAAAGCUGGUUCCAAAUGGUUGCAAAUUUGUGUUGACAGAAAGCAGAUCUUUAAAAAAAAUCGAAUAUUUUAUAACAUGUAUAAUAAGAACAAAAUUACUUUCGCUGUCAUUAAGGCUAGAAACAAAGAAAUAAUCGCUAGUAAUAUAAUAGUAAUUUAGCAAACACCUUUAUUUUUAAUUUGGAUUAGUAGUGGUGUUUGGGGAUGUUUUAUUACUUAAUAUACAAUGCACUGUUGUGUAUUUUUAUCAUGGAAAACAAUUGUACUGACUUUUAAUGUUUUACUCUCCCUGACCAUUGCGGUCGGUUGACUCCAAGAAGAAGAUAAGGUCGGUUUUUGAAAAUAUUUGAAUUGGUAAAAUAGUUCUAAACUGCUUUUCAACGGAUUAUAUUCGAUAUAAAAAUCAGUGUAAUCGAUAGUUGCCAGACGACUUUUUUUCAUAUGCAACUAACUUGAUCGCUUGCCAUAUUUAAAAAAAAAUUAUUACAUAGACCUUUCGUGCCUACUGCAGUUGAUGUAAACCUCAGAUCUUCCCAAGCGUAACUUUAGCUUGAGCUGUCAUAUUUAGCAUAUGUGUCAUUAUAACAGUGAAAUGUUGGUGGAUUGUAUCUUGGGAGUGUGUGAGUUGUAUAAGGCGAUGUUGCAUCAGGGAGACAGUGGGAGUGCGCAUGUGCGAAAAAAACAAGAGAGAAAGGAGGAGAGGCGAGAAAAUGGCGAGGUCUGAGUGGACACGAUGACUGUGGGAAACAAAAUAAAUAUGAAAACUUGCAAGAUGAAGGCUUGUCUUUUGAUUUUGUAUGUGUAAUAUAAAAGGUAGGAGAAAGGCCUGUGACAGUCAUAUUUA